CUGAUAGACGGCACUAACUGGCAUCACUGCUGGGCACUGACUGGCGGCACUGACUGGCACAACCACUGGGCACUGACUGGUGGCACUGACUGGCAGCACUGCUGGGCUGCACUGGUGGGUGGCACUGGUGGGCAGCACUGGUGGGUGGGCACAGGUGGGUGGCACUGGUGGGCACAGGUGGGCGGAACUUGCGGGUGGCACUGCUGGGCACCGAUCAUCAGGGCACUGAUCAUCAGUGCCCUGAUGAUCGGUGCCGAUCCCCGCUCUGACAACUGCCGGUUCUCGGCAGUACUUUCCUCACGAUCUGACAGCGUGAGGAAAGUGCAGCCGAGAACCGGCACUUGC